UGAUUUAAUUAAGUUAAGGUCGAUGUCAACCUGUUUAUUUACAAUUUCAUGUAUUUGUCACAUAUUUGUCAAAAAUAAGGAGGUUUAUAUUUUGUAUAGAGUAUGGGAUAAUCAUUAGUUGCGUUAAAAGUAUUCUACUCCGUGUAAUAAGUUAAUAAAUUGAAAUUGUUCGAGUUCAAAAACGCUAUAAAAAAAUAAUAGAAAUGAUUCGGAGUUCGCGAAUGGUGUUUGUGUAUUAUUAAAUCGUGUUUCAUUUACAAAAACUCAAAAUUUUUUAGUACCAUAAUGGUUUCUACAGAAAGAGAAUUCGGAAUAUUUAUAUGUAAUGAAUUACUUAAAGAUUUCUCCAAACAUCCUGAAUCUAGAACUGUCUUACUUGGUCAAAUUAUUAUAAUAGAUCAAAAGGUAUCAGACAAAACCUUGGCCAUAAGAUUUCUUAAAGAAAAUGAUACCUGGGAAACAACUGCUUAUUCUUGUCCUGAAGACAAAAUUGUUAGAAUAAGUGAAAAACUUUAUCCUUACAUAGCUUCUAUAACUUCCCCACAAGAAAGAGUAAAGUUAGCAAAAAACAGAGAACUAUGCAAUAAGCUGCAAAGAAUUGGUAAAGAUAUGGUUGUUGGGUUCAUUGAUACAAAUGAUAUUCUCCUUGGAACAGUCCGGUUUAAUGGUGUAGUUAAAGGUAUUGGACAUUGCUUCGGAAUUGAACUGCAUGAACGUCGAAAAGACAACAUUUGCAGCGGCUCCUGCGCGGGAAUACAGUACUUUAAGACCGAACCGGGUUACGCAGUUUUCACGACAAUAGAAAAAAUAAUCCCGAAAAAUAUGUCAAGUACCGCGAUAACCAACGGUACUUCCCUCAAUUCUAAACAAUCCGACAUCGACUUUUUGUUCGAAAAAAAUUUGUGUAUGUUGAAUGGAUACAACGACGACAGACCUAAAUACGAAGAGAUCGUUACCAAAUACGGCGAGUACCCAACAAAGAAAUUUUCGACAAACAGAAGUACAAAUACUAAUUAUUUAAGAAGUUCCGUUUCAUUACAGAAUAUGUUGGAUAUAAAUAACGGUACUAUCAAUCCGAAUAACGAUUUCGAUCAAAACACCGUCUUACAACCGGAUAAAACGGCUCUGAUGAAGAAACCUAAAAAUAACACCGAAAUGGAUUUGAUCGACGUGAUCGGCGGAAAGUGGGCGGGUAGUACCGAUAAAAAACAGUUGGACGAUUUCACCGGCUCGAUGAGAAAACUCGAUAAGAACGAUAAUAUAAAAGAUAAAUAUUACCAUUUGGAAAAUCCGACCAAUACUCUAAGUAGGAGGAAUAAGAGCGUGAAUCCGUUCCAUCAUAUUUUGGACGGUAAUAGUACUCUGAAAAAAAGUACUGCGAAAUUUUAUACCAACAAUAUCUCUGAUAGUAAGGAGGAGCAUAAGACGUCUGCCGUGAAAACGAAAAAAAUAAACGAAAAGAACGAAAAUCCGAAAUCGUCAUCGACGUUUUACGUCAACGAAAAACCGAAAUUCGAAGAUCCAAUUCACGGUACUACCAACGAUUUGGUGAUUGGUAGUUUGGUUGAGGUGUUGAACGGUGUUAGUGACGAACCCAUUUAUGGAGUAGUCAGGUGGAUGGGUGUUGAAAACGGAACUAACUUCGUAUUAGUUGGGGUGGAACUCGAAGAAGAACAAACUCAUUUACCAUUAACUUUAUCAGACGGUGUAUACAAAGGCGAUAGAUAUUUCAAAUGUGCAGAGAAUAGAGCGAUUUUCGUGAGUCUAAGUCAGUGCAGAAAGGAUUCCAGAUUUCAGGAUGGAGUUCCGCAAAAAGAACACGAAGCUUCUGCGGUGGAACACAAUAUGGAUUGUCCGGUGAUUCCCGGAGCAGUCGCUCCUUUAUGUAUGCCAACAGAAGAAGACGUACACGCUGUUUGUGGGAAGUACAGAGGCAUCCAAGGACAUCACAACUCAUGUUAUUUGGACGUUACUUUAUUCGCAAUGUUCACUUACACGUCAGUGUUUGACAGUAUUUUAUUUAGGCCUAAGGACUCGUGUGAUAUUGACGACUACGAAGAAGUACAAAGGGUUUUGAGAGAAGAAAUAGUGAACCCGCUCCGGAAGAAUCUUUUUGUGAGCGCAGAUCACGUAAUGAAACUGCGUCGACUGUUAGAUAGACUCAGUAACAUAUCCGGACUUACUAGUGAAGAAAAAGACCCCGAAGAAUUUUUAAAUUCACUGUUGGCUCAAAUAUUGAAAGCGGAACCGUUUUUAAAAUUGAAUUCCGGUCAAGAAACGUUCCAUUAUCAAUUAUUCGUUGAAAAAGACGCACAUUUGACGUUACCUACUGUACAACAUUUAUUCGAACAAAGUUUUUUGACAAGUAAUAUCAAACUGAAGGAAGUACCAAGUUGUUUGAUAAUACAAAUGCCAAGGUUCGGAAAGAAUUAUAAAAUGUAUCCUAGAAUAUUGCCUUCUCAGCUCUUGGACGUUACAGAUGUGAUAGAUGGAUCUCCAAGAAAUUGUAUAGUUUGCGGAGAGUUAGCUCGAUACGAAUGCAGAGAAUGUUUUGACGAUUGUAGUAACGCCGGUUUAGAAAGCACCGCUUUUUGUAUGGAAUGUCUAAAAAAAGCCCACCAACACGAAAAAAGAAAACAUCACAAACAUACCAAAUUAUCUGUCCCCAGUGAUUUUUCUUCUGUGUACGAAGUACCGCGAUUAUUUAUGGAACUAUUUGCUGUUAUUUGUAUCGAAACGUCGCAUUAUGUGGCUUUCGUUAAAUGCGGAGUAGGACACGAAGCGCCUUGGUGCUUCUUUGAUUCUAUGGCUGAUAGGUUAGGUGAAAAACAUGGUUUUAACAUACCUGAAAUGGUGGCGUGUCCGGACGUACCCCGAUGGCUCUCCGACGAAACCUUAUGUAAAAACCUUCACGAAGAAUGUCCCAACGAUCGACAUUUACCCGAACAUGCUCGUAGAUUACUUUGCGAUGCCUACAUUUGUAUGUACCAAAGUUCCGAUGUGAUGAUGUAUAGAUAAAUAGGUAUGGUACAUACAUGACUUAGAAUAAAGAGGAUAUAUUAUAACCGGGAUAAUUCAAUUUUUACUUUUGUAAUAAUGUACGUUUUCAUUUUUUAAUCUCUUGAUAAUAUUUUGCAAUAAUGAUAAGUCGAUGUUGAAAUUGUUCUGGAAAUUGUACGAUUAAAGACUCCUUAGAUACACAUUGUUAAUGAGGGAUUAUCAAGUGAUAAAGUAAACAAAAAAAUUAAAACUUCAAGUUCCCGCGCUACUUUCUUCCUAAUAUUUGGUCUUGGGUGGAAAUUUGAUUCGAAUAAUGAUAAAUUUAUGAAAAUAAGUGGCGCAGUCAAUAGGAUUGUUGUUCGAAAACAGUUUUAGGAGAGUUUUUGAGGGAAAAUACACUUUUUUCUCGUCAUUUUCUUGUUUUUUUAAUAAGAAUCAAAUCAAUUACUGACUAGAGGAAGUUCUUAAAAUCCGUGUAAUUUUAUGAAAUAUCUUUAUGAGAAGGAAAAAGAAAAGAAUAGGAGCUAAAGUUAGAACUAUGAGAAAAGAACUAGAACAAAACUAAAGAAAGAAAGAAACAUGAAAUUCAAAAGAUGCACCAAGUCAUUCAUAAAAGAAACUCUUUAUUGAUUGAGUCUUAUAUAAAGAAUAAAAACUCAGAGAAGACAAAACAAAAUUGAGCUACUUCAAUAUUGUUGAACUAUACAUGAAGUAUGACUGAGUUACAAAUAACCUUCUUAAAGUCUUUUAAUCAGUCAUAUUAGUGUUUACAAGAUGACAAAGAAAAGAAGGAGAAAAAAUAGGACAGGAACAUUUUUUAAUAGAAAUAGUUUAACUAUAAUUUGUGUAGACAAUUUGGCCACUAUUUGACUGUCGAAGCUACUAUUUUGACCUGCAGACUAGAUGUGUGUAUCUAGGGAGUCUUCAAUCUAUGAUAGACAUUAUUAUAUUUGUUUAAAAAUAUCUACAAGAAAAACUUUUAGUAUUAACAAACAAAUUAUACAAUGAUAAUGUACCGUUAAUUAAUAUUCUGUUAUUAACUAUCAAAUAAGAUUUAAUACUGGUUUAGAAACUUUCCAUAUUCUAUAUCCGAUACUUGAUUCGUGCAAAUAUUUAAAGACGUACAAAAAUGUUAAUGAAAAGGUUUUAUAUAACUAGAAACUAUAAAUAAAAAAAUUGAUAGUCAUAUAUUUUCACACAAUCUUGUUAAAUAUGGGUAUGUUCAUAUUCUAUGAGAUUCACCAUGACAAGAGGAUUCUUUUCAAUACUCACUUAUGUACAUAUACACAAAAUAACUAAAAAAUAUAAGAAAAUACUUAAAGCAAACGUCUUUUUUUGUUUAAAUUUCAUAUGAAAGAAAUUUUGUUGUACAGUUUUGAAAAACUUUAUAUUGUUUCAAUCCAUCCAUACUAAACACACUGUUUACACUCACAAUUAGACUGAGACUUAGAGUAAACUGUUUACCUUCAGUCUCUGAAGACUCACUUUUUGGUUAUCGAAACGCGCCUCUGAUAGUAUAAUUUUGAGUGUUGGUGUAGUGGUAGUGUUAACAGUGUGUUCAAUAUGAAUAUCACCAACGAUUCCAAAACUUCCAACUUAACUAUAUAUUAUAUUAAGUUCAUUGAUGCGCCCUUAUUAUGUUAAUCUUUAUUAAAAAUUAUGAAUAAUAGUUGCAAGAAAGUUUUCUAAGGUUAACAACAGUUUUUAUCAGUAACUAUACUUUUCAAUUAAUUGCAACAAUACUGAAAUAAUGAAAAUAAUUUCGAUCUCUGAAGAUGAUGACUUAUCAAAACAGUGUAAUUGUUAAUUUUGAUAUAGUGAUAGUAUAUAGUGUGUUCAGUAAAACAGUAGAUGAACUUGAUUUUUCUGAAUUACAGAAAGUUAUAAAAAUGAACGUACAAUACAUUUAUUUAUGUUAAAAACAAUCUUUACUUUUUAAAUGUUCCAUUUUUAGAUUUUUACAAACUAAAUAGUGUUUUAUGUAACAUACUAUGAAAACAAAAUUAUUUUAUUUCAACUUAUUAAUAUUGUACCCUAAAUUUAAACAAUUUUUUUCUCAUUGCAUUUUUAGUGUAUUUCAUUAAUUGUUAUUUUAUAUUUUAGGGAUAGAAAGUGAAUUUCAGGAGUGAUCAACUGUGAUUUGUUAAUUUAUUUCACUAAUUUUACAGCUAUUACUUAAAUAUUAUCAAAGUGGCAGUGAGAUUAAUGCAUACAGUCAUAAAAUUAAUGUAUAGAUAGAUAUAGAUAUGAAUAUAGCAAAAGGCAACUAGAAAAUCAGCUCGUUUGUUAUUAUAUUUUUCUAUUAUAUGCUUCUAGAGGCUUUUAUACAGUUUAAUCAUGUUGACGACGCUGUAUUUCCGGCUGGAAGGACCAAUAUAUGUGUUGUUAACAGCUUUCGGCUUAAACAAGAUAUAUUGAAACUUCAUUUUCUUUUUGAAAAUAUAAACUUGUUUUUACCUCAUCGAAAUGUAUACUAUGUAGAUUUUUAUUGCUGUUGAUAUUCAAAAGAUGAAAAUCAGUAUUUUAAUUGUUAAUAAUUGUAAUAACGGUUUAAUUAGGAUCAUUUAUUUUGGAUUCUUAUUAAAAAUGUUUAUACUUUGUUGUAUAUAGUUAAAUAAUAGUGUACAAAUAAACAUUUACUGAUCUAA